CCCAGCGGGCCGGGGAGGGUCCCGGGUCCCAUGGCGUGGCCGCGCCCCCGGCCAGGCCUCCCCGGGGGUCCCGAGGGGCGCUGAGGCUGGAAGUGGGGGUGGGCACCCGGCUCCGGGUCCCGGCGCUCAGGCCGCCUCCUUGUCCUUCACCCGAGACUCGUCUCCCUUCUCCUCGCUCCUCCUUCGCCCCAACCCAGCAGAUCCCGGACUGAGCCCCGACACCCCCAGAAAGGGAGCCCCCCCGUUCGCCCCUUCCGUACCCCCGCUCUGCGGUGUCCUCCGCACCGUGCUGACCCGCGCUGGCCCCCACCCCAGCCGCGUCCCGCCUGCGCGGUUCUGUAGGUCCCAGUGACCUUGCACUUUUUGCUGCUGUUACACCCCUCCUUCCACUUCUGAUUGCGCGGAUGCCUCUUGUGACUUUCAAACUUUUUGGACUUGAGAAAUAUGCUCCCCAUGCAUAACUUGUGCCUGCGGACAUAGAUUGCUGGGAGAGAAGUUCAAACGUCCUCUCAGGGUAAAAUCAGUCCAGAGGAUUGAUGGAAUUUGCCCCAGGUGUUGUACGGAGCAAGUCAGCCUCAGCCGUAAGGACCGGAUACUGGUGGAUGGGGAUGGCGGGUCUCGCUCUCGGUGCCUGAAGCCCAGAAGCCAGGGGUCCUGGAGUGACUGUGGAUUCUCUGCACACCUCUACCGCCCUGUCCCCUCCCAGCUGAGGCAGCACCAGCCCCGGCUCAGACACAAGGUCACUGCCCUCCAGGUGUCCCCUGGCAUCUCCUGAGUACUGUGUGGUCCGGGGCCUCCGGCCCAGGCUGGGGGACAGAUCAGGUUGUGAGUCCAAGAAGUCCCGCCUCUCAGAGCCAGACGUCUCCUUUGUGGUCUGCAGAGCGCCCGUGGGUGCCCGGCUCGUCUCCCUGUGACACAGUGUCAGGAGGUGGGACACCAGGUAUCCAGGGAGGGUCUGGGACCUGAGCCCGUGACCUGCGUGCUGGUCUCUGAGGCUUGGUGCUCAGGAAGGCCAGUUACCAUCAUCCCAGAUGAGGUAAACCAGGUCUGGUGAGAGGUCAGGCUCUGGAAUCCCCUCGACCCGACUCCCGGCUCUGCACUUCGUGGCCAUGUUGGCUGUCCUAGCGUGCCUCAGUGUCCUCAUCUGUACACUGGAUCAAUAAGAAUGAUAAACUAUUAUAACAUGGGGCCAAAUUAAAUGGGAAACCCCGUGAAGACACGUCCCACCGUGCUCAGCACCUAAGGGCCUCUAUUUGUAGAAGCUCAUGGUCCUCAGUGCCUCAGUCUCCCCAAAAGCCCCUGGAGAGCCCGGCCUGUGGUACAUUUUACAGACAGGAGUGUGGCAUUUGGGGAGGGGACGUCACCAGACCGCAGUUGCCUGAGAGGGCACAGAGGAGCAGAAGCACCUACCCGGGGUGCCCCAGCUCCACGCAGGACUCUCCCCAGCCUUUCAGCCCCCUCUGGCUCCACCUCCGGCCCACGUCCAUCUUCCUGAGCCCCAGGCCCAAGGGGGCCUCCAUGGAUGGAUUUUGCCUCCUUCCUUAGGACGGACCCCUGGACUGCCAGGUUCCUGAGCAGGGAGGAGGAGGAGGACGACGAGAGCUCCACCUGCUGGGUCCUGAGCGUGGCCGCAGGGACGGGCCAUCAUCCCAGAAUGCCCCUGCCGGAGCCCAGCGAGCAGGAGGGCGAGAGUGUGAAGGCUGGCCAGGAGCCGUCCCCGGAGUCCCCUGAGCCAGGCACCAAUGUUGUCCCUGUAGCGCCCACGAAGCCCCAAGAAUUCUCCGAACUGGUCCUGCUGACGGCCUCCACCGAGAGCGUGGAUGGGGUGGACUCCCAGCCCGAAGGAAGGCACUGUGUCCUGUCCUUGGAGAUGUCCAGUCCUGACGCACUGGCCAGGACCCCCCAGAUCCUGUCAGUGGAGGAGCAAGUGGGGGCAGUCCGGCCAACCCCCCAGGCCUUUGAGCAGAAGCACAACAAGUCAGACACAGCCCCCAAGCCCCUGGAGUUCCUGAGGACCCCUUUCGGGGGCCGCCUUCUGGUGCUCGAGUGCUUCCUGUACAAGCAGGAGAAGGCAGUGGGGGACAAGGUGUACUGGAAAUGCCGUGAACACUGGGAGCUGGGCUGCCGGGGCCGGGCCAUCACCCGAGGCCUGAGGGCCACGGUGAUGCGGGGCCACUGCCACCCGCCCGAUGAGGAGGGCCUGGAGGCGCGGCGCCGAAGACAGAAGCUGCCCGGCCCAGCCCUGCCUGAAGGCUUGGGGGGUCCAGAUGGCCCUGGGGGCCAACCAGAGGAGCCGCUGAAAGGGGUGGGCCCCUGGCUGUGCCCUCAGGAGCCAGAGCGCACCCCUGGGUUGGUGCUGAGCAAGCCGGCUGCAGUAGAGGAGGGGCUGCGAGCCAUGUCGCUGCUGAGCUUGCCCCCCAAGAAACGCCCGACUCUGGGGAUCGGAGAAGCCCGGCCCCUGGAGUUCCUGAGGACAUGCUAUGGUGGCAGCUUCCUGGUGCACCAGUCCUUCCUCUACAAGCGGGAGAAGGCCGUGGGAGACAAGGUCUACUGGACGUGCCGGGACCAUGCGCUUCACAGCUGCCGCAGCCGGGCCAUCACCCAGGGCCAGCGGGUGACCGUCAUGCGGGGCCACUGCCACCCGCCCGACAUGGAGGGCCUGGAGGCCCGGCGACAGCAGGAGAAGGCCAUUGAGAUGCUGCAGACCCGGCCUGGGGGACCUGGAGGCCAAGCGGACAAGCUGCUCCGAGGCGUGGACAGCCUGCUCCCCCGCAGGGGGCCUGGGACCCUGACUGUCGCCAAAGCCCGGCCCAGGAAGCGCACAAAAGUCCUUCCAGCCCCGCCCCAGGACCCGCAGGGAUCCCCUGCUGAGGACCAGGACGAGGACCCAGGAGGCCCUGAGUUCCUGAGGACCCCUCUGGGUGGCAGCUUCCUGGUGUACGAGUCCUUCCUGUACCGGCGAGAGAAGGCGGCAGGGCAGAAGGUCUACUGGACGUGCCGGGACCAGGCCCGCAUGGGCUGCCGCAGCCGGGCCAUCACCCAGGGCCGGAGGGUGACCGUGAUGCGUGGCCACUGCCACCCGCCCGACCUGGGGGGCCUGGAAGCCCUGAGGCAGCGGGAGAAACGCCCUGGUAUGGCUCAGCGGGGGAGCCCAGGAGGCCCUGAGUUCCUGAGGACCCCUCUGGGCGGCAGCUUCCUGGUGUACGAGUCCUUCCUGUACCGGCGGGAGAAGGCGGCGGGCGAGAAGGUCUACUGGACGUGCCGGGACCAGGCCCGCAUGGGCUGUCGCAGUCGGGCCAUCACGCAGGGCCAGCGGGUGAUGGUGAUGCGCAGACACUGUCACCCACCCGACCUGGGGGGCCUGGAGGCCCUGAGGCAGCGGGAGCAGAUCCCCAGCCCGGCGCAGAGGGAAGGCUCAGGUGCGGGACCCCUCCAGCCUCUGGAGUUCCUGAGGACGUCCCUCGGGGGCAGGUUCCUGGUGUACGAGUCCUUCCUCUACAGGAAGGAGAAGGCGGCGGGGGAGAAGGUCUACUGGAUGUGCCGGGACCAGGCCCGGCUGGGCUGCCGCAGCCGGGCCAUCACGCAGGGUCAGCUGGUGACUGUGAUGCGCAGCCACUGCCACCCGCCCGACCUGGCGGGCCUGGAGGCCCUGAGGCAGCGGGAGCAGCUCCCCAGCGUGGCCCCACAGACAGACCCAGGAAAGAUGGAGCUUCCCCUGGCAGCACCGCCGUGCGUGCAGCCUGGCUCUCCGGAAAGCCCUGAGACGCAUGGCAGAGUGAAGCCAGAAAUCGGCAGCACAAAGCAAGAUGGGGAGCUUACAGAUAUCGGAUGUCACCCCACUCCCGCGCACCCGGUGACUGGAAGAAAUCCCGAGACGAGUGGGGACCUGGUCUGAGGUGAGCAGCUUGGAGCCGCGGCCCUGCAGACGCCUGGCCGGGGCAGAGCACCGCUCGAGGGAGCCUGGUGGCUGGAAAGACUUCCUUCAAGAAGAAGAAAGAUCUCCCGUGCAACUUACGCUACCAUGCUAGACGCUGGGAAAAGAAGAAAGGAGCGACUCUAAAGCAGAAGGAGGGACGUGAGAAAGAACAGACAUGAAUGAAAUAGAGACUAGAAAAUGAACGCGACGCGAAGCUGGCUCUUUGAAAGGAUCCACCAAAUCGACAAACCUUUAACUACAUCGCCUCCAAAAUUGCCUUUUAUUUCUUUAUUAUUUUAGUUUAAUUUAAUUUUUUUCAAAAUUGGUUUGUAAAGUUGUAGGGAAAACUCAGGGGUACCCGGCUGGCUCAGAGGGGUGUGCAACUUCUGAUCUCGAGGUCGUGAGUUCAAGCCCCACGUGGGGGGUACAGAUUACUUAAAAAAUAAUACCAUUAUUUAUAUUUUUUAAGAAUUUAUUUAUUUAGGGGGUGCCUGGGUGGCUCAGUUGGUUAAGCUUCUGCCUUCAUCUCAGGUCAUGAGCCAGGGUCCUGGGAUCGAGCCCCUCAUCGGACUCUCUGCUCAGCGGGGAGCCUGCUUCUCCUUUUCCCUCUGCUGCUUCCCCUAUUUGAGCUCUCUCCCUGUCAAAUAAAUAAAUAAAAAUCUUUCAAAAAGAUGCGGGGCUCGAUCCCCCCAGGACCCUGAAUCAUGACCUGGCUGAAGCAGAUACUUAACCGACUGAGCCACCCAGGUGCCGUUCCCCCCGCCAAAGUACUAUCUUAAAAUAAAGAUAGGGAAGACUCAAAUUAUUAAAAUCAAGUAUUAAAAAUGGGGCAUUACUGCCUACCCUACAAGAAAAACCACACUCGCAUGGAAGGGUCAACCAAGAUGAAGUGAAAACGUUCCUAGAAAGAUAGGCUACCAAGGCCGAAUCAAGAAGAAAUAAGAAAAUCUGAGUAGACCUGAAAAUCUGAAUAAACCUGUAAGAUGAAUUAGUCAUUUUAUUUUAUUUUUUAAAGAUUUUAUUUAUUUAUUUGACAGAGAUCACAAGUAGGCAGAGAGGCAGGCAGAGAAAGGGGGAAGCAGGCCCCCUGCCGAGCAGAGAGCCCAAUGCGGGGCUUGAUCCCCAGACCCUGGGAUCAUGACCUGAGCUGAAGGCGGAGGCUCUAACCCACUGGGCCACCCAGGCGCCCCUGAAUUAGUCAUUUUAAAGCUUCCCACCGAGAAAGGCCCCCAGGCCUGGAUGGCAGGCCUCAAAAGUGGACAAGGACGGAAAGGACUUCCAGGGAGAUUGGAAAGGUCCUUGAAGUGGUUGUGUGGUUGGGUGCGUGGCUGCGGACCUGCCGACCCCGCUGAGUCCUGCACUUACACGGCCAGUGGGCUGGCGUGGGAAUGGCAGCUCAGUAAAGCUCUCUAACGACACCAGGAAGCAGGUGACAGUGACUUCUAGAAUACUGUCACAAUACUGUCACACCCUGCCGCUCUGAUUUACUCUGCUCCUUAGAAGCCAGCUCGCCCCCGCAGCCCCCGCCCAGGGGAAUCGGACUCCUGCCCUCCUCCUCUCAGGAGUGUCUGUUUCCUCCCAGGACAUGCUAGUGUAGAAAGCCAGGCACCCCCAGACUGUGUUAUGGGGCAACCUCCCCCUUUAAAGGAAACGGGGAGCUUGUGUGCAGGUGAACAUGUACAAAAAUGACCUAGCUGAUGGUUAUCUCCGGGGAAGAGGGAACUCUCUGCAUUGCCUACCUCUGCCAUGGUUGGAUUUUUAUAUUGAAUAUGUGUUUCUUUGUAAUCAGGAAGGUGGAAGGUACAAAAUGGGACAGUAAGCCCCAGAGAGGCCAAGCUCCUAGCGACACGAGCAGAUGGACCUCGUGCGCGGUGCACCCGGGCCCCUGGCCUUUCCCGCCUGGUUAGAUGUUGCCUCACAAAAACCCUCUAACACUCUUGCCAAGCGCUGGCGGCCUUCACUGCGAGAGGCUCCCGGGAGCGCCAUGUGGAUGGUGUCUCCGGAGCAGGCAGACAGGAGUGCCAGGAGCUCGCCCCCCUUGCAGGUGUACGUGACCUGGGGCAAGGUCCCACGAAAGAGCCGAAGAAGCUUCUUCCCACAAAGACGCCCCUUCGCUGCUCUACUGCUCUGAGCCUUGAACACCCGUCCGUUGUCAGGGCAUUUGACUUUGCCAAGAACAGUCCAGUCUGGUGGGGCCGCAUCUGAAGUCGCUGCUGCUUCCCACUGAACUCCCUUCCGGAGCGACCUCUCCAUGGGCUUCCCCAGACAGGUGCAGGGGUGUGUGGGGAGGGGGCGGCCCUUUGUGCUCCUGGGCCCCCCGCGGCUGGGCUGCAGUCAUCCCUCACCAUAGCAGAGCCCGCCAAAGCAGAGGCCUUGCCACAGCCUCUGUCAGAGUUUCUCUCCUUUGCUGUCUUCCGGCUUAAAUCCAGGGUCGUGGUCCCCAUAGUAGGUGUCGUUCCUGGCCGCGGGAGCCAGCCCAGAUGUUGCCAGGAAGCCGGCCCUGGGCAGACACUACCCCGCCAGCGCUGUCUGGGUGGUCCACACCUGUCUGAUGCAGGAGGAGAGGUGGGCCCGAUGGUGGCAGAGCCCCAUCCCCUUCUCUGUCUGGUAGCGUUGCAGCGGACCGGCCUGAUGGCCGAGGAGGAGGUGGUCCCGAGGUGGCUGCUUGCUAACUGGGCCACAGCCUUGACAGUGAACGUCCUUGCGUCCAUGCUCUUCUGUGCAUAAUUGCGGCGGGGAGCACACAGCCACAGGCCCCCCCUCUCCUGCCAAGCUGGCCAUGGGGCCUGCUGUCCGGCUAUGGGACAGCAACAGCUUGGGGCGCCCCGCACCCGCCAUCCCUCUGCUUAUAGAUUUCCUGCCAAUAAACCCUGUUUUAUAUCUCA